GCCACGAGCGACUCUACUGCCUCUCUCCUUCUCACAGACUGCGCCGUUGCCUCUUGGUUACUGAUUAGUUAAGUUAGUUUGGAUUACUUGCUUCUCGUUCACUUGAUUCCAAGUGACAUUGGCUGUCUUGUGUGCUGCGAAUCUCUGAUUCAGUUCGAUUUUGAAGCUACGGUUAGAUUCCCUAUUUGGCUUAUCGAUCUGGAAACUUGGAAAGGUUUCUUGCUAACAUGCAGCACGAUCAGAGAAGAAAGUCGUCUAUAGAUGUGGAUUUCUUCACAGAAUAUGGUGAAGGGAGCAGGUAUAAAAUAGAGGAAGUAAUUGGUAAAGGAAGUUAUGGUGUUGUUUGCUCUGCAUAUGAUACUCAUACUGGGGAAAAAGUUGCAAUUAAGAAAAUCAACGAUAUCUUUGAGCAUGUCUCUGAUGCAACUCGCAUUCUUCGUGAGAUAAAACUUUUAAGACUAUUGAGACAUCCAGACAUUGUAGAGAUAAAGCACAUCCUACUACCUCCAUCUAGAAGGGAAUUCAGGGAUAUAUAUGUUGUGUUUGAGCUCAUGGAAUCUGAUUUACACCAAGUUAUCAAAGCAAACGACGAUUUGACUCCAGAACAUUAUCAGUUCUUUCUUUACCAGCUUCUUCGUGGCUUGAAAUAUAUACACACAGCAAACGUCUUCCACAGGGACCUAAAACCCAAAAACAUCUUAGCAAAUGCUGACUGCAAACUCAAGAUCUGUGACUUUGGUCUAGCCAGAGUUGCUUUUAAUGAUACUCCUACUGCUAUUUUCUGGACUGACUAUGUAGCAACAAGGUGGUACAGGGCUCCUGAACUGUGCGGUUCAUUUUUCUCAAAGUAUACACCAGCAAUAGAUAUAUGGAGCAUUGGUUGCAUCUUUGCAGAGCUUUUAACUGGAAAACCACUUUUCCCUGGAAAGAAUGUUGUGCACCAAUUAGAUUUGAUGACAGAUUUUCUGGGAACCCCUAAUGCAGAAGCCAUUGCCAGGAUACGAAAUGAGAAAGCUCGGAGAUACUUAAGCAGUAUGCGAAAGAAGAAGCCUGUUCCUUUCUCCCAGAAGUUUCCUCAUGCAGAUCCCCGAGCACUUCCCUUAUUGGAAAGAAUGUUGGCUUUUGAGCCAAAGGAUCGACCUACAGCAGAGGAGGCCCUUGCAGAUCCAUAUUUUAAAGGCUUAGCGAAGGUUGAAAGAGAGCCAUCUGCUCAACCUGUCACUAAGAUGGAAUUUGAAUUUGAGAGACGAAGAAUUACCAAAGAAGAUGUUAGGGAGCUUAUUUACCGGGAAAUUCUCGAGUACCAUCCAAAGAUGUUGAAGGAGUUCUUAGAUGGAUCAGAACCUACCAGUUUCAUGUAUCCAAGUGCAGUUGACCACUUUAAGAAGCAAUUUGCAUACCUUGAAGAACACUAUGGAAAUGGUGCAACCGUUGCCCCUCCUGAAAGACAACAUGCAUCCUUGCCGAGGCAAUGUGUUUUAUAUUCAGAUAACAUGGUACAGAACUCGGCACAAGUUGUGAAUGACCUAUCCAAAUGUUCCAUCAAAGAAGUUGAGAGGCCACAAGUGGAUAGGACUUGCAAUAUUCCUUCAACUAGAGCUCCUAUUCAAGUUCCUCAAUCUAUUCAAGGCAAUGCUGCAAGGCCUGGAAAAGUUGUUGGCUCUGUGUUGCGAUACAACUGUGGGGCUACAGCAGCAGCAGUGGUACCAGAAGUUCUUGAACAGCGGAGGACGACCAGAAACCCUUCCAUUCCACCACAGUACGCCCCUAAUAACUGUUCAUAUCCUAGAAGAAACUCAUCAUGUAAAAAUGAUACGACUGAAGAUGAAGCCAUUGAAGGUUCGAAUGGAUUGCAGCCAAAACCUCAGUACAUAGCUAGAAAAGUUGCUGCUGCCCAAGGCGGACCAGGAAAUAACUGGUACUGAAUUUAUAAUCCGCUAUUCGAUCUGGGGUCUGGUUGUUUCAGUAGAGAUGUAACCGAUCUCCAAUGCGGGCUUGUACUAAAUCUUCUCGAGGACCAUCUCCCACAAGUCUGAGUGAAACCAACAGCAUCAUUACAUGAGGAUGAUGAUGUUUCCUACCAUGAUUCAUUGGAAAGGCAAGGCAAACUGUACUCUAUGUUGCUGACAUAGUUGGGUUGCUAUCUUAGCAUUCUUUACUCUAUAGCAACACGUUGAAUGUUCAUCGUCUCGGCUGAAGUAUUGUGACUGGUUGCAGCUUACCUGGCUCUUGAAAUUAGGACCAUGACACUGAUUAUUAUGCUUUCUUUACACCUUCAAUCUACGCAGGUAUAAGUUAUAGAACUUCACUAAUCCAAUCCACUAAGAUUGCUGUUAUCUGCAGCUGAUUCUGCUAUGUAUGAAGUAUGUAGUAACCCCAUAGACUUGCUUAUAUUUUUUCACUUCAACCGUCUUCAUAUCUAACUUCUUUGUAUCACUUGAGAAAUUCUGAUGAGCUUCUUGUUGAUUGCAUUUCCAGUUAAACUACUCAA